AUGGCUUUUGAGAGAUUUAAAGUGAAAUCCGAUCUCCCUCGUUAUGAGGCUGCUUCUUAUAUUUCGGGCGUCAACAACGAUAGUUUUAAACCCAGAAAACCUUCAAAUGUCACAACUGGUAGACUUUUUGGCAAGAUUUACAUUCCAAAGUGGUAUAAAGAUAUGCCUCGAAAUCAGAAGCGAUUAACAGAAAGAUGGAUGCUAAUAAUCUUGGGAAUCUUUGCUUUGUGGAGACUUAUUCUAAUGAGAUCUUCAGAUUAUGGUCAAAUUGAGUAUGGAAAUAAUUACAAUUCUUACAGCCAAAACUUCAACGAUAUAUUAUCUUGGCAAAAAUUGAAAAAUCAAAUAGCCAACUUUGAUGAUAACCAGGUAGGUGUUUCACAACAUUAUAAUUUAAACAACUUUGAUGGAGAUAAAAAUGGAUGGGAGCUCAAAAACAGACUUUUAUUAUGUAUUCCAUUACGAAAUGCAGCUCCUGUCAUUAAUAUGAUGAUAUCUCAUCUUGAAAAUCUCACAUACCCUCACGAAUUGAUUGAUCUUGCUUUUUUGGUCUCAGAUUCUGAUGAUUCAACAGCUGUUGACCUUGAAUUGAAUUUAAGACGAAGCUCAAUCUCUAGAACAUAUGGAAACAUUGAAAUUUUUUACAAAGACUUUGGACAAGCAAUUGGACAAGGAUUUGACGAUAGACAUGGUGUAGCUGUUCAGGGCAUAAGAAGAAAGUUGAUGGGCCGAGCACGUAAUUGGUUAACUUCAGUAGCUUUGAAGCCUUAUCAUUCGUGGGUUUACUGGCGUGAUGCCGAUAUUGAGACUUCACCACCAACAAUUAUUGAAGAUUUAAUGAAACAUGGUAGAGAUGUCAUAGUGCCAAAUGUAUGGCGCCCUUUACCUGAAUGGCUGGGGAAUGAACAACCAUACGAUUUGAACACAUGGCAAGAGAGUGAAGCCGCAUUAGAACUUGCCAAAACAUUGAACGAGGAUGAUGUUAUAGUGGAAGGAUAUGCCGAAUACCCUACCUGGCGACCUCAUCUUGCCUAUUUUCGUGAUGUCAAUGGAAAUCCUGAUGAAAUGUAUGAUAUGGAUGGCAUUGGAGGUGUUAGCAUACUUGCUCGAGCAAAAGUUUUUAGAAAUGGGGCAAUGUUUCCGGGAUUUGCUCUUUGGAACCAUGCUGAAACAGAGGGUUUUGGGAAACUUUGCCGAAAAAUGGGAUUUUCUGUUAAUGGGCUACCUCAUUACACUAUAUGGCACCUAUAUGAGCCUAGCGAAGACGAUUUAAAAAAAAUGAAAGAAAUGGAAGAGGAAAAGAAAAAACCCCCGAAAGUUGAAAAACAGACUAAUAACAAAGAUGAACUACUAGAAGAAAAAUUCCAAGAUGUUUCACGAGAAGUAGCUCAAGAAGAAGCAUUGAAAGUAGCUAUUGAAGAACAAGAAGAAGCCCGGCAAGAGCAUGAACAAGUACUAAAUAACCAACUAAAAGAUGAAAAAGAUGCCUCAUUUUUUAGCAAAGAACGAUCUCCUUAA